CUGCCUUUUGCAGCACCUCUCGAUGCGCCAAAGGAUAUUCUUCCCGCGGUUGCUGAGGACAACACGGUAAAUAUUACGUGGUCUGGACCUAGCGAACCAAAUGGACCAAUUAAGAAUUGUAACCGCUAUUUUCAGUCCUAUACAAUCUAUUUUGCACCUGAUGAUGGAACUGCUGAUGAGGACUGCAAGUCGUGGCCACGAAUUGAAGUCCCUUCAACUGAGGACCAUGGUACAAUCACUAUAGAUAAGGAUCAGUACGAAAUCAAGCCGAAUAUGCCUUACAAGAAAGCUCUUCAGGUGUGCAUCUCAGCCACCAAUGACCUCUCUGAAGGACCUGCUUCUGAGCCAACAAUGUUUGAAACAGGAAGUGGAGGUAAGCAGGGUACAGAUCUGUACUCACCCCUAGAAUGUAACAGUUGGUCGAAUUCUGUUAGUGCAGGAGUGUUUAGAGAUUGUGAUCGAAAUUAUUUGUUUCUAGAAACUCCUCCUGUGAUCACGCUGGACCCACCGCAAACAGUUGUUUCUGUUGAACCCAAAGGAUCCGUGUCAAUUGUUUGUUCGGCCACUGGCAUACCACAGCCUACUGUUUAUUGGGUGAUGGAAAAUGGAGAAAGAGCCGGUGGUACUCAGGAGGUCAUUCAGAUACAGAUUUCCGGACCUGGCACUCCUCCCAAUGAAAUCGUGCUGUUACCUAUGCCAAAUCAGGUGAUCAACGUGGAAUGGACAACCCCUGAUGAGGUGAAUGGAAGAAUCACCAACUACAUUGUGCAUUAUGGAGAAGUGGCUACUGUAGAUGGAUUAGAUGUUAACCAUCAACUACAGCAACUAGACCCGAAAAAGAACUAUGCUGUUCGCGUACAGGCAGUUAGCGAUCGUGGUCCUGGAGUCAUCUCAGCACCUCAAAUGAUUCGCACACUUCCUCUAGAUAUCUCGGUCUUCGAUAAUAAUUCCGUGAUUAUUGAAUUUGUACCACCAGCAGAUCCUGAAUCGCCAGGAAAACAAAUCAAGGUAAGUAAUGUCUGCUCAAAGCGACUGUUACAAACCGCACUUUAAAA